AUGAGGCCAAGAAGCUGGCUAGAAAUGCCAAGAGACUGUGCCAAGUAUAUGCAGCUGCACCUGGGAAUACACCAAAACAUGACAUCACAAGCACAGCUUCCUCCACCACACCUUCCCUUUCUGCUCCUUCCCCAUUGGCCUCAUGCUGUGCAUGGCUGCAUGAACAAAGAUCUAAAUCUAGACUUGUUUUAUCCUCCCCUUCCCUUGUCACAUUUAUCCUGCCUCCACCUUCUUCUUUCCUUAUCUUCCCCUGCUGGCUUCUCUGUCAUUUCCCACAAUGGGCUCCCCCAACCCCUGUCCUCAUGUCCUGUUCCUGUUCCCUUUGUACUGGGUCCCACAUCCGGCAGCAUCCAAGACCAUCCUCCAUGGCCAAUGCCACAAUCUGCCAAUUCCCAAAUUCUUCACGUUUGUUUGACUUCCUGGUUGUCCUUGUUAGUUAUAAAACCAAAGCCCAGGGAGGAGUCCCAAGGUGCACAGCACAGAGCCAACCCACGUGUGUACAGAGCUGCAGAUCUGUUUUUAAUCAAUGUAAGUAUAUGCAUGUAUGUAUAUACAUAUGCAAUUCACAUUCACAAGUCUUGGUAUAAAGUUGCAAUUUUUCUGGCUGCUAUAAAAUGUGCCAGUUUAAAAACUGUGCAUUUGUUGCUUGCAAACUUAUAA